AUGUCGAGAUCCUCGGCGGCAACGAAGCUUGGAUUGGGCGAGUCCACGCACAGAAAGCUCGGGCGUGCUUUCGCCAUCGUGCGCAUCACCACAAGCUUUGCUUCCGCAGUCAUUCAUCCCUUCCAGGAAGGCACCCAGCCCACCAACAAAGAUCUACAGUCCCAGACCAACUUCCUCAAGCUCUUGCUACUCCAGUCGUACCCCAACACCGGCUUUGACUACGCCAUAUGCGGAACGUUUUUCGCUAUUCCCGGCUCAAAGCUCCUUUUCCGUCUCACCGCAGCCACAUCGCUCACCCAAGAUCGCCACCUCCAAGUCAUAUGCGAACACAUGCUCGUGCAGACAUACCGCACGAUGCGCCGCCGCUUCGUUCGCCUCAUGACACCCUACUUCACACCCGAGCUUUCAGAUCGCAAACCAUUCCUUCCCAAAACGACUGCCGACGUAUUCCGUCUUUGGAAGGUCGACAGCUUCACGGAUUCCUCUGGACGGACAUCAUGUGCCAAGGAUGAACGAGAGCACUUCCGACUUCGCUGUCUUGCACUUAAAAAGGUUGUGUCAACCCUAAGGCAAGAUUAUCAGUCCAAGCAGGCGAAAGAAGUGGAACUCGAAGAUUUCAUCGCCCGGAAGCUUGAAUACACGGACAACCCAGACAAUGCUGCGCAUGCUGCCUUGUACCAGAAGCGCCUGUUAGUCCACCAAUCUGCAGCUCAAACUACUAAAGAAAGACUGGCACGCGUUGAAGCAGAGCUGGACUUCGUUCUGGGGCACAAUAGCGAAGCGAGGGUCUUUUGCGAACUUGUCUCCGAGAAGUUGCCCACGGAGCUCGUAGACAUAGUUUACGCUUUUGUCGAACCCUACCCCAAGGAACUUGAAGUCGACUAUGACGUCGAACACAAAGAGCCUUUGGGAGACGAAUCCAGCGACCAAGAAGUCGUGGAACGAGUAUACACCUCUAAGUCUCUGAAUGGAGAGUUCAAUGGAAAAGAUUGCAAAACGCCCUGGUAUCUGGACACCAACAUUGUGAGCCCUGAGUUUGCCGAGGAAAAGAUGAAGACUUUUCAUCGCGAGACAGUUUUCUCCAUCGAUCGUCUAGUACACCUCACGCGCUUCCUCAACCAGAACCCAUGGAGGGGAUACGAGCACCUGGUCCCAAAAGAAUUCGUGCGCAACAUACAUCUCAAGAUACCGUUAGAUAUGUGCCACGAGGAAUGGAUGGGCCCGGAAGACUCGGAAUCUGAGGAAGAAAGCCAAGCAUAUCUGGACUCAAUCUCAGGCUCUGCGGAUGAAGGUCUAGAAUAUGAAGCGUACGACUCAGUACUUGAGGAAAAUCCAGAGCUGUCGUCUCUAUGGCGACUUGUCGCUGGAGAUACUCUCUUGAACGAGCUCGCGCCGCUACAGACCCUCACACAGCGAGGUGUUCGAAUUACUAUAGACGUCCGGCCCAGCAUGAGGACUUGGUCCUUACUUCUGCCAAAACAUAUCAUGGAGGCAUGGAGGGACUCUUCCCACGAGGGCCCAUUCAAAUACGAAGGGGGCGACGAAGCAGAAAAUGAGUGGGAAAACACGGAAGACUUUGAACUUAUUGGGCGGCUUCUGCUGCUGGUGCUGAUGCAGAAGUUGCUGCCGUUCUUCCAGGAUCUGGUUAAGAAGGGACAAGUUGUAACGAUUUUGGAUAGCCGAGAGAAGUGGUCUUGGGUCAUGAGCAGGGACAGCAUGAGUGUGGAUGACUUGCUUGAAUGUAGGCAGACCUUUUGGGCUCAGAAGCCAGAAGGCGUUUUCGGGGGCGAGGCGUUGGAGUUCCGUAUACCGGCUCUUGAGGACGUUGGAGACGUAUAA